AUGACAUUAUUACUCAUGCCAAAUGCAUAUUAUUAUUCAUUAGAAGGUUCAACAUUAAUUGCUGAUAAUGAUAUUGGAUUGAAUAAUAACUCAAAACAAUCGCAUACUAUAAAAUUAAUAAAACAAUGUAAUCUUGCUCAACAAAAUCCAGCAGCAUUUUUUGAAGAAAUUAAAACACGUUUAUUAGCAUAUCAAACUGGAAUUUAUGAUCAAAUAAAAUAUCAAAUGAUUGACGAUGAUUCAUUAGCUGUUCUUGAUUUACAAAUAGCAAAAACAAUUGAUGAUGCUGAUAAUUAUCUAUAUGAAAAUUCAAUAACACAUCGAAAUCAUUCAAUUGAUUUGACAAGAUAUGAUUCAGGUGUUGGAACAGAUUCAUCAGAAAAAAAUUAUGAAACAUUUUGUACAAGAAGACAAUAUCCAUUAAUUGAUGUUAUAUGGUAUCCAUCACUCGAUAGUAAUAAUGCUCUUUUAUCAACAAUUCCUUGUAUUCAUAAUGAAUUAACAUUUAAAGAAUUUCGACAAUUAUUUAAAAAACAAACAGCAUAUAGAUAUUUCUUUAAAACAAUAUGUACACCUGAUAUUAAUAAAGAGCAGUAUAUAUUUCGAGAAUUAACAAUUGAUGAUGAAUUAGUACCAUUUUAUGAUGGAAAAAUUUUUGUACAAUUAGAUCGAAUCUAUUAA